AUAAAUCGGAGCGUAGGAUGGAUUUACGAGCGAGUGUUAUCAGGGAGACGAGCGCACAAAGUACGAUCAGAUUUUUACCGAGUAUGUCGUCGAUUGUCAAUCACGCGUGACGUUAUCGCCUUUCCGCUUUCGUCUAUUCGAAGGAUUUAAGAACGAGUUUAGUCUUCCUCGUGCACGGAAGUCGAAGCAUCGCGGCAAAAAUCGACUGGAAGUUAGAACUAUGGUGACUAAGAAAACACGUUCGAAAAUGUGGAAAGUGUUGCUAGUUAUCCCGUUCUUCAUCGCCAUAGGUGGAACAGAUGAUUGUGUACCUACAACAUAUGGUGGAGACAAAAUAGUAUGCGUUUGCAAUGCGACCUACUGCGACACUGUUCCAGAGAAGGAACCUCUACAAAAUGGAACCUUUUAUUCGUACACCAGCAGUAAAGCUGGACUCAGAAUGAACGUAAGGAAGGGUGAAAUCAAUUCCUGCCAACAAAAGCUUGGAUCUGUAACUCUAACCAUAGAUUCUACUAAGAAAUACCAAAAGAUUCUCGGUUUUGGAGGUGCCUUCACCGAUUCUGCAGGAAUAAAUAUUAACAAACUCAGCAAUGCUACUCAAGAACAACUAUUACGUGCGUACUACGAUCCGGUGAAAGGAAGCGGAUACUCGUUAGGUCGUAUAGGAUUCGGUUCAACCGACUUUUCCAGCAGAUUUUAUACGUACGACGACCACCCUGACGAUGCAGAGCUGAAAUACUUUUCACUUGCCACCGAAGAUUACAAAUACAAAAUACCAUAUAUGAAAAAAGCCUUAGAGUUAAAUCCUAAAACGAAAUUCUUCGCUGCUAUAUGGUCACCUCCCGUUUGGAUGAAGACGAAUAACAAACCCAAUGGAGGCUUCUUGAAAAUUGAACACUAUGCGACCUAUGCCAGCUAUAUAACUAAAUCUGUGGCUGCAUAUACAAGCAAUAACAUAACUAUAUGGGCAGUUUCGACGGGUAACGAACCACUAAAUGCUUAUAUACCCUUUGAUCGUCUGAGCUCAAUGGGAUGGACACCUGGCACCGUGGCUACCUGGGUCGCUGACUAUUUGGGCCCAACUCUGGCAGCAUCGGGACACGGUACCGAGAUCUUAGCCCUAGACGAUCAAAGAAUUGAGCUACCUUGGGCUGUUGAUUCAAUGUUUAAUAAUGAGAAAGCGAAGGAUUAUAUCUCUGGAGUAGCCGUACAUUGGUACGCCGAUUUUAUUAGCUCUCCACAAGUGUUGGAUAAAACGCAUAAUAAUCACCCGGACAAAUUUAUUCUCUUAACUGAAGCGUGUGAAGGAACUGGACUCGGACCUCAUGUUGAUUUAGGAUCAUGGGAUCGAGGACAGGCCUACAUCCUAAGCAUAAUCGAGUACCUGAACCAUUGGUCAGUUGGUUGGGUAGACUGGAACUUGGCUCUAGAUAAGAGUGGUGGACCAAAUAUAAUCGACAACUACGUCGAUUCGCCUAUUAUCGUAAAUCCAGAAAAUGAUGAAUUUUAUAAACAACCCAUGUAUUAUGCUCUCCAACAUGUCAGCAAAUUCAUUGAUAGAGGCUCUCAGAGAAUUUCCAUCACGGAUACUAUCGACAUCAAAUCGACCGCUUUUACAACACCUUCUAACGAAGUCGUUGUUGUAUUGUACAACAAGAAUUUCAUACCAAGAAAUGUUAUUCUAAAGGAUUCGAAGAAAGGAUCAAUUUGCGUCGAAUUACCGGCAUAUUCUAUGAACACUAUUGUUUAUAAACAAUAAAAAGAAUCCUUUCGUAAAUAGUAUCGAUGGAACAUAAAAUUUGAUCUUCUUUGUAAAUUAUAAUUUCUGUACUUAAAGAUAAAUAAAAAAACUGAAAGCAAUC